AUGACCCAAGUGCACAAGAACAAGACAAAUGCAAGUUUAAGACCAAGUUGUGGAGUGCCUGCUAUCAAGCCCCAAGUGAGCGGAUACAACAAGAUUGUAAAUGGGGAGACAGCUGUGUCUGGGUCCUGGCCCUGGCAGGUUUCACUUCAGGAUGGUAGAGGAUUCCACUUCUGUGGAGGAUCCCUGAUCAACCAGUACUGGGUUGUGACUGCUGCUCACUGCCGCGUGUCUCCUAGAAACCACCGUGUUAUCCUGGGAGAACAUGAUCGUCAGUCCAACAGUGAGCCAAUUCAGGUCAAGAACAUUGCCAGGGCCAUCACUCACCCCUACUACAACUCCCAGAACUUCAACAAUGACAUCACCCUUCUGAGGCUGUCCUCCCCAGUGCAGAUGACAUCCCGUGUGUCUCCCGUGUGCCUGGCCUCCUCCAGCACCAGCAUCCCAUCUGGAACUAAAUGUGUCACCACUGGAUGGGGCAAGACUGGCCAAACCUCAAGCCCCCGCUACCUGCAGCAGACUUCCCUGCCUCUGCUCAGCCCUGCUCAGUGCCAGCAGUACUGGGGUUACAACAGAAUCACUGAUGCCAUGAUCUGUGCUGGUGCUUCUGGAGUGUCCUCCUGUCAGGGUGACUCUGGUGGCCCUCUGGUCUGCGAGAACAGUAGAGUGUGGUCCCUUGUGGGUAUUGUGUCCUGGGGUACCUCUAACUGCAAUGUGCGUGCCCCUGCUGUGUAUGCCCGAGUGUCCUACCUGCGCAGGUGGAUCGACCAGACUGUUGCUUCCAACUAAUGUCAUCAUUCAACACCUCAUCACUCUGCUCCUCACUGUGAUCAAUGAGUGAUUCUUUACUGCAUCAACAUGAACUAACACAAGGAUGUUACUAUUGCUGUUGACUUUGAAUCGUAGCCACUCACUGUACAACUAUGUUUGGUGCAUUUAUGAGAAAGUGUGCAUAAAAUCUUUAAGAAAACUA